GCUGCGCCGGGGCUGCGGCGCGGCGGGAGCGAUGGGGGAGGAGGCGGCGGGGGUGCGGCCCGAGCUGGUGCGCGAGGCGGAGGUCAGCCUGCUGGAGUGCAAGGUGUGCUUCGAGAGGUUCGGCCACCGGCAGCAGCGGCGCCCGCGCAACCUGCCCUGCGGCCACGUGGUCUGCUUGGCCUGCGUCGCCGCCCUCGCGCACCCGCGGACGCUGGCCCUCGAGUGUCCCUUCUGCCGGCGGGCCUGCCGAGCUUGUGACACCAGCGACUGCCUGCCGGUGCUGCACCUUCUGGAGCUCCUGGGCUCCACCCUCCACGCGUCCCCGGCUGCCCUCAGCGCCGCCUCCUGUGCGCCCGGGGCUCUCACCUGCUACCAUGCCUUUGGCGGGUGGGGGACCCUAGUGAACCCCACGGGGCUUGCACUGUGCCCCAAGACCGGACGGGUAGUAGUCGUGCACGACGGUAAGAGACGGGUCAAGAUCUUCGACUCCGGAGGAGGAGGUGCACACCAGUUUGGAGAGAAGGGGGAUGCAGCGCACGACGUGAAGUACCCACUGGAUGUCGCGGUCACCAACGACUGCCAUGUGGUUGUCACCGACGCUGGCGACUGCUCCCUCAAAGUGUUUGAUUUCUUUGGCCAGAUCAAGCUGGUUGUGGGAAAGCAGUUUUCCCUGCCUUGGGGUGUAGAGAUAACCCCUCACAACGGGGUCCUGGUGACUGACGCAGAGGCAGGGACUUUGCACCUGCUGGAAGUGGAUUUCCCUGAAGGGGUCCUUCGGAGAAUUGAGAGGUUGCAAGCUCACCUGUGUAAUCCCCGUGGGGUGGCAGUGUCAUGGCUCACCGGGGCCAUCGCGAUCCUAGAGCAUCCUUGUGCCUUGGGGACGUCAAGCGGUAACAACACAAGGGUGAAGGUGUUCAACUCCAGUAUGCAGCUGAUUGGCCAGGUGGACAGCUUCGGACUGAACCUCCUCUUCCCCUCCAAAAUAACCGCCUCAGCUGUGACCUUCGAUCACCAAGGAAACGUGAUUGUUGCUGAUACCUCUGGGCCAGCCAUCGUAUGCUUGGGGAAACCUGAGGAAUUUCCAGCCCUGAAGCCUAUGGUUACUCAUGGCCUUUCCCGUCCUGUGGCACUGGUCUUCACCAAGGAGAAUUCUCUUCUUGUGCUGGAUUCUGCAUCCCAUUCUAUAAAAGUCUUUAAAGUGAUGGAGGGUAAUGGAGGGUGAUGGGGAUCCCGAAGCCUGCAGUCAAAUCUUGGUGUCGUUGGGAGUGUCACUCAUCCAUCCAGAUGGGGAUGAUGGUAACUGCCUGGCGAAAGUGGUUAUUAAGGCAGUUAGUAAGGACUAAUAAUUAAACUUGUCAUUCAGUGAAUGCC